AUGGCCAUCAGUUAUGCCUUUUCACCCAUAUACUCCUCGAUUUUGCCCCUGAUUCUAAUCGGUGUAUUGGUUGACAUGGAUAAAUCCUUCAGACUCAAAACAACCAUCAUCACGUAUGUUUGCAGUUGGGGAGUGUGGUCCACACAAACUACGCCAUGUACACUUUGGGCACGGGACUUUGUAAGUGGCAAUUGUAUACUCCGUAUUGCCUCUGAAGUUCCCAUGGGUCGAGAUGAUGCAUGCAUCCGAAAUUGGCUCAUUCUGACGACGUGCUGUCAUUCUCUCGUUCAGAAGCAUGGUCUCACUGCGCAUGUGCCACUCCAAGGCUUCUCUUGA